AUGGGUUCCAUGACCAAUUUUAAAAACUUAGUUAAUAGUACCCAAAUAAGCAAACAUCUCAAGUCGGCCCACUUGUUAGAUGCUCGGUAAGACAGUGGCAGAUAUGUAAGCAAUCACGGAGACUCCCCAUAGACUCAGACCAUGAGUUACGAAGAGAUGCCAUGUGAUUUAAGACACUUUAUUGAGAAUCAUUAUCUAGACAAUGUGGUUCUGCUAGGAAAGGCAGAAUUAUAUUUUCAUUUCUGGAGAAUUUUCCCAAUGACAGACACCUUGGUAACGUAAUAGUAGAUGUUGGGCCAGGAGAAGGAGAGGGGAAAAAUUAUGUUAAGAAAUUAUAAGAAAUUGAUCUUAAAAACAACAGACUCAAGGACAUUCAGAAUAAUAUUCAUGAAGUUCUGA